CUUUUGUGGACCAACUUUUUAUCGUUUUUUAUUCGUUUUAUUUAUUUAACCUAUCCAAGAAAAAGAGAAUUCUCGACAUCUUGGAGCUUAUUUCCAACGAGAAACGUACAUGAUGUAACUCCAAAUUAUCUUAAUUCCAUCGAAUAAUAGUUAACACGUGCGCUUUCAUCGAUUGAUUCACGUGAGCUGGGAUCGGCCUAAUGGAUUCCUACUUUAUGUGAUCCAUUUUGAAAGUCAUUUCCAUAUUUCCUCGUGAUAUUUUGGACCGGUCAGAUAAAUUAAAUUAAAUACAAAACUUUUUUAUGUUCUGCGGUCAUAAUUAAAGACCACCGUGGGUGAUACCGAUGCUUGGCAUUGUUGAGCUGAUCCUUAGCUCUUCCACUGAAUGGUAUUUCCAACAACGAAAAUCACUUUUGAUUCUCACUGUGCCCUAUCUAGUUCAUGAAAACGAGUAUGUGAAAGAUUACCGUUCUACUGCAAAAUAACUGGUUAAAUAGAUAAAUUCACGUAUGCUUCUCGAACGUUGCGCACUUUAUAUCAAGUACUUAUCAAAUUGCAAACCAAUUGAGUUUGGUGCACAAACUUUAUAAAACAAUCAGUUCAAGUGGGAGAAUCAUUUAGUAGCCGCGAAUACCUUAGGGAGAACACAGCCUGGAGCUAGUAAUGGCUGCUUCACAAAUCUGGUUAUUAUUUCUGUCCGCUGCACUGUUAGUGGCUUUUGUAAACAGUGCUAAUGAGUGUUACGAUAACCCACACUCCCGAGUGCGAAUGCGUGCACAUUCCGAAAGAUGUGAAAAUUAUGUAGUUUGUGUAGGAAGACUACAAAUAAUCCGUUCUUGCCCGGAAGGGUCCUGGUGGAGCGAUAGUGCUAAAAUGUGUACCAAAAACGAAGGAAUUCAUUGCAAGAAUAGCCCAACACUGCGACUUAUGUCAACAUAUGACGCUGUUGAGGCAUCGGUUUCCUGCAUACAGGAACAAGCUUCGUGUCCCGCCGAAUUUAAUCCCAGCAGUUUAAUAUUACGCCCCCAUGAAAAUUGUGCAAAGUAUUAUCUUUGCAUAUCAUUUUUACCAGUGACGUUGUCUUGCCCAGUGAAUCUGUAUUUCAAUCCAAAAACUUGCGAAUGUGACUAUCCGGAAAAAGUUGAGUGUUCUGACACUUCGACUACUGAAAAACCAACGACGAUCACUGAAGAUAUACCGUCGACUACUGAAGAACCAACGUCAACUACUGAAGAAUUAACGUCGACUUCUGAAGAACCGACGAGGACCACUGAAGGACCAACGUCCACCACUAAAGGGCCAACGUCGACCACUGAGGAACCAACGUCGACCACUGAAAACCCUACGUCGACAACUGAAGAACCAACGUCGACCACUGAGGAACCAACGUCGACUACUGAAGAACCAACGUCGACCACUGAAGAACCUACGUCAACAACUGAAGAACCAACGUCGACCACUGAAGAACAAACGUCGACUACUGAAGAACCUACGUCGACAACUGAAAAACCAGGGUCGACCACUGAGGAACCAACGUCGACCACUGUGGAACCAACAUCGACCACUGAAGAAAUAACGUCGACCACUGAAGAACCAACGUCGACCACCGAAGAACCAACAUCGACCACUGAAGAACCAACGUCAACCACUGAAGAAAUAACGUCGACAACUGAACAACCAACAUCAACCUUUGAAGAACCAACGUCGACCACUGAAGAACCAACGUCGACCACUGAAGAACCAACGUCGACCACUGAAGAACCAACAUCGACCACUAAAGAACCAACGUCAACCACUGAAGAACCAACAUCAACCACUGAAGAACCAACGUCAACCACUGCGGGACCAACGUCAACCACUGAAGAACCAACGUCGACCACUGAAGAACAAACGUCGACUACUGAAGAACCUACGUCGACAACUGAAAAACCAGGGUCGACCACUGAGGAACCAACGUCGACCACUGAAGUACCAACAUCGACCACUGAAGAAAUAACGUCGACCACUGAAGAACCAACAUCAACCACUGAAGAACCAACAUCAACCACUAAAGAACCAACGUCGACCACUGAAGAACCAACAUCGACCACUGAAGAAAUAACGUCGACUACUGAAGAACCUCCGUCGACCACUGAAGAACCAACAUCGACCACUGAAGAACCAACAUCAACCACUAAAGAACCAACGUCGACCACUGAAGAACCAACAUCAACCACUGAAGAACCAACGUCGACCACUGAAGAACCAACAUCAACCACUGAAGAACCAACGUCGACCACCGAAGAACCAACAUCGACCACUGAAGAACCAACGUCAACCACUGAAGAAAUAACGUCGACAACAGAAGAACCAACAUCAACCACUAAAGAACCAACGUCGACUACUGAAGAACAAACGUCGACCACUAAAGAACCAACGUCGACCACUGAAGAACCAACGUCGAUCACUGAACAACCAACAUCAACCUUUGAAGAACCAACGUCGACCACUGAAGAACCAACGUCGACCACUGAGGAACCAACGUCGACCAAUGAAAACCCUACGUCGACAACUGAAGAACCAACAUCGACCACUGAAGAAAUAACGUCGACCACUGAAGAACCAACGUCGACCACCGAAGAACCAACAUCGACCACUGAAGAACCAACAUCAAUCACUGAAGAAAUAACGUCGACAACUGAAGAAAUAACGUCGACUACUGAAGAACCUCCGUCGACCACUGAAGAACCAACAUCGACCACUGAAGAACCAACAUCAACCACUAAAGAACCAACGUCGACCACUGAAGAACCAACAUCAACCACUGAAGAACCAACGUCGACCACUGAAGAACCAACAUCAACCACUGAAGAACCAACGUCGACCACCGAAGAACCAACAUCGACCACUGAAGAACCAACGUCAACCACUGAAGAAAUAACGUCGACAACUGAAGAACCAACAUCAACCACUAAAGAACCAACGUCGACUACUGAAGAACAAACGUCGACCACUAAAGAACCAACGUCAACCACUGAAGAACCAACGUCGAUCACUGAACAACCAACAUCAACCUUUGAAGAACCAACGUCGACCACUGAAGAACCAACGUCGACCACUGAAGAACCAACGUCGAUCACUGAAGAACCAACAUCGACCACUAAAGAACCAACGUCAACCACUGAAGAACCAACAUCAACCACUGAAGAACCAACGUCAACCACUGCGGGACCAACGUCAACAACUGAAGAACCAACGUCGACCACUGAAGAACAAACGUCGACUACUGAAGAACCUACGUCGACAACUGAAAAACCAGGGUCGACCACUGAGGAACCAACGUCGACCACUGUGGAACCAACAUCGACCACUGAAGAAAUAACGUCGACCACUGAAGAACCAACGUCGACCACCGAAGAACCAACAUCGACCACUGAAGAACCAACAUCAAUCACUGAAGAAAUAACGUCGACAACUGAAGAAAUAACGUCGACUACUGAAGAACCUCCGUCGACCACUGAAGAACCAACAUCGACCACUGAAGAACCAACAUCAACCACUAAAGAACCAACGUCGACCACUGAAGAACCAACAUCAACCACUGAAGAACCAACGUCGACCACUGAAGAACCAACAUCAACCACUGAAGAACCAACGUCGACCACCGGAGAACCAACAUCGACCACUGAAGAACCAACGUCAACCACUGAAGAAAUAACGUCGACAACUGAAGAACCAACAUCAACCACUAAAGAACCAACGUCGACUACUGAAGAACAAACGUCGACCACUAAAGAACCAACGUCGACCACUGAAGAACCAACGUCGAUCACUGAACAACCAACAUCAACCUUUGAAGAACCAACGUCGACCACUGAAGAACCAACGUCGACCACUGAGGAACCAACGUCGACCACUGAAAACCCUACGUCGACAACUGAAGAACCAACGUCGACCACUGAGGAACCAACGUCGACUACUGAAGAACCAACGUCGACCACUGAAGAACCUACGUCAACAACUGAAGAACCAACGUCGACCACUGAAGAACAAACGUCGACUACUGAAGAACCUACGUCGACAACUGAAAAACCAGGGUCGACCACUGAGGAACCAACGUCGACCACUGAAGUACCAACAUCGACCACUGAAGAAAUAACGUCGACCACUGAAGAACCAACAUCAACCACUGAAGAACCAACAUCAACCACUAAAGAACCAACGUCGACCACUGAAGAACCAACAUCGACCACUGAAGAAAUAACGUCGACUACUGAAGAACCUCCGUCGACCACUGAAGAACCAACAUCGACCACUGAAGAACCAACAUCAACCACUAAAGAACCAACGUCGACCACUGAAGAACCAACAUCAACCACUGAAGAACCAACGUCGACCACUGAAGAACCAACAUCAACCACUGAAGAACCAACGUCGACCACCGAAGAACCAACAUCGACCACUGAAGAACCAACGUCAACCACUGAAGAAAUAACGUCGACAACUGAAGAACCAACAUCAACCACUAAAGAACCAACGUCGACCACUGAAGAACAAACGUCGACCACUAAAGAACCAACGUCGAUCACUGAACAACCAACAUCAACCUUUGAAGAACCAACGUCGACCACUGAAGAACCAACGUCGACCACUGAAGAACCAACGUCGACCACUGAAGAACCAACAUCGACCACUAAAGAACCAACGUCAACCACUGAAGAACCAACAUCAACCACUGAAGAACCAACGUCAACCACUGCGGGACCAACGUCAACCACUGAAGAACCAACGUCGACCACUGAAGAACCAACGUCGACCACUGAAGAACCAACGUCGACCACUGAAAAACCAACAUCGACCACUGAAGAACCAACGUCAACCACUAAAGAACCAACAUCGACCACUGAAGGACCAACGUCAACCACUGAAGAAAUAACGUCGACCACUGAAGAACCAACGUCGAGCACUGAAGAACCAACGUCGACCACUGAAGAACCAACGUCGACCACUGAAGAACCAACAUCAACUACUGAAGAACCAACAUCGACCACUGAAGAACCAACGUCAACCACUGAAAAAAUAACGUCGACCACUGAAGAACCGACGUCGACCACUGAAGAACCAACGUCGAUCACUAAAGAAUCAACAUCAACCACUAAAGAACCAACGUCGACCACUGAAAAACCUACGUCGACAACUGAAGAACCAACGUCGACCACUGUGGAACCAACAUCGACCACUGAAGAAAUAACGUCUACCACUGAAGAACCAACGUCGACCACUGAAGAACCAACGUCGACCACUGAAGAACCAACAUCGACCACUGAAGAACCAUCGUCAACCACUGAAGAAAUAACGUCGACUACUGAAGAACCAACAUCAACCACUAAAGAACCAACGUCGACCACUGAAGAACCAACAUCAACCACUAAAGAACCAACAUCGACCACUGAAGAAUCAACGUCAACCACUGAAGAACCGACGUCGACCACUGAAGAACCAACGUCGAUCACUAAAGAACCAACAUCGACCACUGAAGAACCAACGUCAACCACUGAAAAAAUAACGUCGACCACUGAAGAACCGACGUCGACCACUGAAGAACCAACGUCGAUCACUAAAGAAUCAACAUCAACCACUAAAGAACCAACGUCGACCACUGAAAAACCUACGUCGACAACUGAAGAACCAACGUCGACCACUGUGGAACCAACAUCGACCACUGAAGAAAUAACGUCUACCACUGAAGAACCAACGUCGACCACUGAAGAACCAACGUCGACCACUGAAGAACCAACAUCGACCACUGAAGAACCAUCGUCAACCACUGAAGAAAUAACGUCGACUACUGAAGAACCAACAUCAACCACUAAAGAACCAACGUCGACCACUGAAGAACCAACAUCAACCACUGAAGAACCAACAUCGACCACUGAAGAACCAACGUCGACCAUUGAAGUAAUAACGUCGACUACUGAAGAACCAACGUCGACCACUGAAGAACCAACGUCGACCACUGAAGAACCAACAUCAACCACUGAAGAACCAACGUCGACCACUGAAAAACCAACGUCGACCACUGAAGAACCAACAUCGACCACUGAAGAACCAACGUCGACCACUAAAGAACCAACGUCGACCACUGAAGAACCAACGUCGACCACUGCGGGACCAACGUCAACCACUGAAGAACCAACGUCGACCACUGAAGAACCAACAUCGACCACUGAAGAACCAACAUCGACCACUGAAGAACCAACGUCGACCACUAAAGAACCAACGUCGAUCACUGAAGAACCAACGUCGAUCACUGAAGAACCAACAUCGACCACUGAAGAACCAACAUCAACCACCGAAGAAAUAACGUCGACUACUGAAGAACCAACGUCGACCACUGAAGAACCAACGUCGACCACUAAAGAACCAACGUCGACCACUGAAGAACCAACGUCGACCACUGCGGGACCAACGUCAACCACUGAAGAACCAACGUCAACCACUGAAGAAAUAACGUCGACUACUGAAGAACCUCCGUCGACCACUGAAGAACCAACGUCGACCACUGAAGAACCAACAUCGACAACUGAAGAACCAACGUCGACCACUAAAGAACCAACGUCAACCACUGAAGAACCAACGUCGACCACUGAAGAACCAACGUCGACCACUGAAGAACCAACAUCGACCACUGAAGAACCAACGUCGACCACUAAAGAACCAACGUCGACCACUGAAGAACCAACGUCGAUCACUGAAGAACCAACAUCGACCACUGAAGAACCAACGUCAACCACCGAAGAAAUAACGUCGACUACUGAAGAACCUUCGUCGACCACUGAAGAACCAACAUCAACCACUGAAGAACCAACAUCGACCACUGAAGAACCAACGUCAACCACUGAAGAAGUAACUUCGACCACUGAAGAACCAACAUCAACUACUGAAGAACCAACAUCGACCACUGAAGAACCAACGUCAACCACUGAAGAAAUAAUGUCGACCACUGAAGAACCGACGUCGACCACUGAAGAACCAACGUCGAUCACUGAAGAAUCAACAUCAACCACUGAAGAACCAACGUCGACCACUGAAGAACCAACGUCGACCACUGCGGGACCAACGUCAACCACUGAAGAACCAACGUCGAUCACUGAAGAACCAACGUCGACCACUGAAGUACCAACAUCGACUACUGAAGAGCCAACGUCAACCACUGAAGAAAUAACGUCGACUACUGAAGAACCUUCGUCGACCACUAAAGAACCAACGUCGACCACUGAAGAACCAACGUCGAUCACUGAAGAACCAACAUCGACCACUGAAGAACCAACGUCAACCACCGAAGAAAUAACGUCGACUACUGAAGAACCUUCGUCGACCACUGAAGAACCAACAUCAACCACUGAAGAACCAACAUCGACCACUGAAGAACCAACGUCAACCACUGAAGAAGUAACUUCGACCACUGAAGAACCAACAUCAACUACUGAAAAACCAACAUCGACCACUGAAGAACCAACGUCAACCACUGAAGAAAUAACGUCGACUACUGAAGAACCUUCGUCGACCACUGGAGAACCAACAUCAACCACUGAAGAAAUUACGUCGACUAUUGAAGAACCAACGUCGACCACUGAAGGUCCAACAUCAACCACUGAAGAACCAACAUCGACCACUGAAGAACCAAUGUCAACCACUGAAGAACCAACGUCGACCACUGAAGAACCAACGUCGACCACUGAAGAACCAACGUCGACCACUGAAGAACCAACAUCAACCACUGAAGAACCAACGUCAACCACUGAAGAACCAACGUCAACCACUGAAGAAGUUACGUCGACCACUGCGGGACCAACCUCGACCACUGAAGAACCGACGUCGACCACUGAAAAACCAACGUCAACCACUGAAGAAAUAACGUCGACUACUGAAGAACCAACAUCAACCACUAAAGAACCAACGUCGACCACUGAAGAACCAACAUCAACCACUAAAGAACCAACAUCGACCACUGAAGAAUCAACGUCAACCACUGAAGAACCGACGUCGACCACUGAAGAACCAACGUCGUUCACUGAAGAACCAACAUCGACCACUGAAGAACCAACGUCGACCACUAAAGAACCAACGUCGACCACUGAAGAACCAACGUCGAUCACUGAAGAACCAACAUCGACCACUGAAGAACCAACGUCAACCACCGAAGAAAUAACGUCGACCACUGAAGAACCUUCGUCGACCACUGAAGAACCAAAAUCGACCACUGAAGAACCAACGUCAACCACUGAAGAAGUAACGUCGACCACUGAAGAACCAACGUCGACCACUGAAGAACCAACGUCGACCACUGAAGAACCAACAUCAACCACUGAAGAAUUAACAUCGAUUACUGAAGAACCAACGUCAACCACUGAAGAACCGACGUCGACCACUGAAGAUCCAACGUCGAUCACUGAAGAACCAACAUCGACCACUGAAGAACCAACGUCGACCACUGAAGAAAUAACGUCGACUACUGCAGAACCUUCGUCGACCACUGAAGAACCAACAUCAACCACUAAAGAACCAACAUCGACCACUGAAGAACCAACGUCAACCACUGAGGAAGUAACGUCGACCACUGAAGAACCAACAUCAACUACUGAAGAACCAACAUCGACCACUGAAGAACCAACGUCAACCACUGAAGAAAUAACGUCGACCACUGAAGAACCGACGUCGACCACUGAAGAACCAACGUCGAUCACUGAAGAAUCAACAUCAACCACUGAAGAACCAACGUCGACCACUGAAGAACCAACGUCGACCACUGAAGAACUAACAACGACCACUGAAGAACCAACAUCAACCACUGAAGAACCAACGUCGACCACUGAAGAACCAACGUCGACUACUGCGGGACCAACGUCAACCACUGAAGAACCAACGUCGACCACUGAAGAACCAACGUCAACCACUGAAGAAAUAACGUCGACUACUAAAGAACCUUCGUCGACCACUGAAGAACCAACAUCAACCACUGAAGAACCAACGUCGAUCAUUGAAGAAUCAACAUCAACCACUGAAGAACCAACGUCGACCACUGAAGAACCAACGUCGACCACUGCGGGACCAACGUCAACCAGUGAAGAACCAACGUCGACCACUGAAGAACCAACGUCAACCACUGAAGAAAUAACAUCGACUACUGAAGAACCUUCGUCGACCACUGAAAAACCAACAUCAACCACUGAAGAAAUUACGUCGACUACUGAAGAACCAACGUCGGCCACUGAAGAACCAACAUCAACCACUGAAGAACCAACAUCGGCCACUGAAGAACCAACGUCAACCACUGACGAAGUAACGUCGAUCACUGAAGAACCAACGUCAACCACUGAAGAACCAGUGUCAACCACUGAAGAACCGACGUCGACCACUGAAGAACCAACGUCGAUCACUGAAGAACCAACAUCGACCACUGAAGAACCAACGUCAACCACUGAAGAAAUAACGUCGACUACUGAAGAACCUUCGUCGACCACUGAAGAACCAACAUCAACCACUGAAGAACCAACAUCGACCACUGAAGAACCAACGUCAACCACUGAAGAAGUAACGUCGACCACUGAAGAACCAACGUCGACCACUGAAGAACCAACGUCGACCACUGAAGAACCAACAUCAACCACUGAAGAACCAACAUCGGCCACUGAAGAACCAACAUCGACCACUGAAGACCUAACGUCAACCACUGAAGAAGUAACGUCGACCACUGAAGAACCAACGUCGACCACUGAAGAACCAACGUCGACCACUGAAGAACCAACGUCGACCACUGAAGAACCAACAUCAACCACUGAAGAACCAACAUCGACCACUGAAGAACCAACGUCAACCACUGAAGAAGUAACAUCGACCACUGAAGAACCAACGUCGACCACUGAAGAACCAACGUCGAUCACUGAAGAACCAACGUCGACAACUGAAGAACCAACGUCGACCUCUGAGGAAAUAACGUCGACUACUGAAGAACCAACCAGUGAAAAACUACCUGUAGUCAGUGAAAUGAUGGUGGCAGUUGGCAAAGCAAUUGAGCUUGUCGAUUCUCUAAAACAGAUAUUUAUUGACUCUAUCUGGAAAAAAGAAUAGAAAAUAAAUAUAAUAUCAAUUUUUUUUUUGUUUCA